CUGUUUAAGACUUAAGGGGUGUGAACCAAAGCCCACCACGUUCUCUCAAAAACACACACACUCCUAUAUAUGUAAUCUAAUGAUAGAAAGUUAGUUUCUCUGUCUCGAAGUUAAUAAUUCACUCACACAAACACACACACACAAUUCACUUGAGUUGUCAGAAAUGGACUCUAUGUUGUGUCGGAGAAGGAUGAACAUAGCCAUGGUGCUAAUACUAACGUUGACGUGGCUCGGUGGCAUUUGCGGGGAGUUCGAGGAACAAUUAUUCGAAGUUGGGAAGCUAAAGAUGUUCGUUGAUGAGCUCCCAGAUAUGCCAAGGCUCCAUGGCUUUCACUCUGUCCAUGGCGUCCUCAAACCCAUUUCUCUUCAAAUCGGCAUGUUCUACACCAAAUGGAAAUUCCACAGAGAUUUGCCUCCCACACCUGUAUUUGCAUACGGUACAUCACGAAGAAGUGCAACAGUUCCUGGUCCCACGAUCGAAGCCGUAUAUGGAGUAGACACAUACGUGACAUGGCGAAACCACCUCCCUUCAUCUCACAUCCUCCCUUUGGAUCUAACAAUCUCCCCGGCGGCCCCAAAAUACGGCGGAAUUCCCACGGUGGUUCACUUACACGGCGGAAUCCACGAACCAUCAAGCGAUGGAAAUGCUGACGCAUGGUUCACUGCCGGUUUCAGAGAAACAGGACCCAAAUGGACCAAGACGACUAUGCAUUACGAAAACAUGCAGCAGCCUGGUAACAUGUGGUACCACGACCACGCCAUGGGUUUGACCCGAGUCAACCUUCUCGCUGGUUUGGUCGGCGCAUACAUUCUCCGCCACAACACCGUCGAAGCUCCUCUCCGGCUACCAACCGGCAACGAGUUUGACCGGCCGUUGGUCGUUUUCGACCGUAGCUUCCGUAAGGACGGUUCUAUUUACAUGAACGCCACCGGGAACAACCCGUCGAUACACCCGCAAUGGCAACCUGAAUACUUCGGCGACGCAAUCAUCGUUAACGGAAAGGCAUGGCCGAGAUUAUCCGUCCGGCGCCGGAAAUACAGGUUCCGCAUCAUAAACGCCAGCAACGCUAGGUUUUUCAGGUUCUUCUUCUCCAACGGUCUCGACUUCGUGGUCGUUGGUUCCGACUCAGCGUAUUUGUCUAAACCGGUCACGACCAAGUCGGUUCUCUUGUCUCCGUCGGAAAUAGUAGAUGUUGUCGUUGACUUUUCGAAGUCUCCGUCGCGUACGGUGGUGCUCGCCAACGACGCGCCGUAUCCUUACCCUGGUGGUGAUCCUGUCAACGAAGAAAGCGGCAAGGUUAUGAAAUUUAUAGUCAGCGAUGAUUAUGAGGCUGACACGUGGACUAUUCCGAACAAGCUCAUUAACUAUCCGCCAGCUGACGUGUCAAAUGCUGUGCUGACUCGUUACAUAUCUAUGUACGAAUAUGUUAGUGACUCGGACGAGCCAACUCAUUUGUACGUCAACGGCUUACCCUACGAUGCUCCGGUGACGGAAACUCCAAAAGCAGGAACCACCGAGGUGUGGGAAGUGAUUAACUUGACGGAGGAUAACCAUCCAUUACACAUUCAUCUUGGACUGUUUAAAGUGGUGGAGCAAACGGCGUUACUAGCGGCAGGACUGGAGGAGUUUACGGGGUGUAUGACAAAAUACAAUGACGCCGUCAUGUGCCGAAUUAGCAAAUACGCACGUGGAAAAAAGACAGCGGUGACGGCGCACGAGAGGGGUUGGAAGAACGUGUUCAAGAUGAUGCCAGGACAUGUUACGAGGAUACUGGUUCGGUUCUCUUAUAUCCACAGUAACGCAUCUUACCCGUUCGACCCGACCCAAGAACCCGGCUACGUCUACCAUUGUCACAUAUUGGACCACGAGGACAAUAUGAUGAUGAGGCCGCUUAAGGUCAUCAAGUGAUAUAUGUCAACAAGUCUAAUGGACUCUCUACGAGGUUUUUGUGGUGCGAUAUAACUCUUCAGAAGAUACAAUCAAAACAUACAUGAUAUGGGACUAAAUCAUAAAAAGAAACCCAUUGAUAAUGUAAUAUAAUAUUUACUUUUACUAAUCCUUGUGUAAUAUUUCUCGUGUCUCCGUUUGAGUUCUUAAAUAAGCUUUCUUUGAGACAGUUAAGUUCCAAUAAAAAUAUCAACUUUAAGAAGUA